AUGCCAGCAGACUCCCACCUGAUGUUUGAAAGGGAGCAAUGUAUAGGCAGAGAAGUGAAAUAUGUGAGGAGUCUGUUGACAGGAGUAAAGAGAAGUCUUGGUUCUGAAGAAAAUUCUCUAAAAGGUGAUGUCGCUAUGGAGAAAACAGAGAAGACACAUCAGAAGAAAUAUCCAGAGAGGCUGCAACAGUACCAUAUGAUUGCGCAAGUUCCCAGAAUGAACCCUUACAGUCCAGUCAAACAGAGUGAGAGCGAACUGACAUCAGUCAAAAGAUGUGACUCUGCUUUCAGGAUAGUCACAGAUGAAGGGAGCCUUGGUGAGGAUGUUCAAAAGGUGCCAUCCAAAGAAAUAAUUAGUGUGCCUGAUGACACUGGGAUGGGCAAUAUUUGGACAAGUGACAGCACUGGAGCGGAAAGGAACCAGUGUUUACCAGAAUUAGCCAAUGCAUGCACAGAGAGAGCUGCAACUUGGGAGGGCAAACCGGAUACAACAGCAGAAAAAUUGCAGAAAGAGAACAUGGAGCCACUACUCAACCAAGCAGUACAGGCUAUCUUCUAUCGAGCAGUGGGAUUUUCAAAACCCAGGAAAGGAACUGAUGCCUCACAACAUAAAUUGGAAAAUGCAAGAUCUCGUAACGGCAUCUCUCAUCUCAAAACACGAGGGGACAUGAGCCCCAGGCCCAACAAAUCCAGGAAGGUGGAUGACAACAAAGAUUGCAGGCCGAUCUUCUAUGUUUCAGGCACAAAUGGAACUGACCUAGUUGUCAGCUUUUGUGAGAAAAGGGGUUGGAAGCGAACCUAUGACAAUGACAGAGCUGACUACUUAUUAAAAUGGUGUGAAAUUAAUACAUUGACCAGCUUCCAAUACUUCCAAGAAGGUAAGCAGCUAUUAAACCAGAUCCCGAACAACAAACUCUUGACCACCAAGGUUGGCCUCUGCUCCUCCCUGAAGUCCUAUGAGCAGAUAGUAGCUAAAUCUACAAAGAUUAUAUAUCCCAGAUUUCUGAAAAUGGCGGAGUUUUAUCCUGAAACGUAUCGCAUGGAUGUGAAAAGUGAACGCCUAGCUUUCUUUGAAAUUAUGGAAGAUGGACCGAUAUGGAUUUCGAAACCUGCAGGAUCAAACUUGGGAAAAGGAAUCUUUCUCUUGAAGUGCCAGGAUGACUUCCUGGACUUCCGUGCGAAACUGGAAAGUGUGGAGCAGAAUGCUUCCAACAAGACGUAUUACUAUGGUUUACCCAUCAACAGAAUAGUGCAACGAUAUCUACACAAACCUUUACUUCUGGAAGGUCGAAAGUUUGAUGUCCGCUCCUACCUCCUCAUUGCCUGUACCUCACCUCAUAUGAUCUUCUUUCGCCAUGGUUACGUCAAAUUGGCAUGUAACAAAUAUGAUCCAUAUUCUGAUGAUCUGACAAGUCACCUCACCAAUCAGUUUGUACAGAAAAAGAACCCCCUGUACAAUGAGAUGAAGGAGGACACAGUCUGGUCCAUGGAGCAUUUGAAUGACUAUAUUAAUGAGAAGUAUAUGGAAGCAAUGAAUCUCCCGAAGGACUGGGUUUUCACUGUUUUUGAGAAGAGAAUGCAGAAAAUCAUGAUACAAUGUUUCUUCGCUGUCAAGGGGAAAAUGGAAUGCAAACGGGGCUACUUCAACCUCUUGGGUUGCGACUUUAUAGUUGAUCAGAACUUCAAGGUUUGGUUAUUGGAGAUGAACGCCAAUCCAUCUUUACAGAGACACUGUGAAGUUCUCAAAACAGUCAUCCCUAAAAUGGUGUAUGAAGCUCUUGAUGUGGUAGUUGAGAUAUUCAAAAAAUGCAGUAAAGGACUGCAGGCCUUGCCACUUCAGUCACAAAAAGAAUUUGUCCUGUUAUACAGUGGGAGCCAUCAGUUUACAAGGCCAAAGCCAAGGACAGAAAGCAACAUGUCAGCAACAAUUCUUAAACAACCUUACCACGUGGCUCUGGGUUCUGUAAAACGCACUGACAACAAUCCCAUGCAAAAGCCUAUGGCUCCUUCAGGUCACGUAGUUGCUCCAGUAAAGGUGCUUCAGAACACGGUUUCAUUGGUGCCUUACACAAAAUUGCCAGCCAUCUCACUAAAAGCGAAACUGUGCACAAUGAAGAAUAUCCCUCCGGCAAGUCAUCAAUUGGCUGGAGCCUCUUCAGGUGAACAGAACCAACUAAAAUCCAGAAGAAAUGUGGAUGCUUUCAAAAAGAUACCCAUUACUACACAGUUAAAACCUUUAGUCACCAAAAACCCACACACUAGCUCCCAGCAAUACCGAAGUUUGGAGAGCAGUUCCUUGUUGAUCAGUAGUGCCUUUCACUCACGGUACAUCAACAAGAUGGUCACAAAACCAUCCAAGAUGAAGAUGAGCUCCAAAGAGAACAAGACACAAUCUGGUGAUGCGGCCUAGUCAACAAGGGUAGGAAUGGAAAAUCAAAAAGUUUUGUGUCGGGAGCCAAUUUAGCUCCUAGCUAGCCAAAGUUGUUUUUAAAUUCCUACCAUCUUAAAAACCAGUUGAUUCCAUGCUUGAGAAUAUGAUCUCAUUGA